CACCGAGCGAGAUACAAGCGUGCUCACGAACAGCGAACAACGUUACAAUACACGUUACUAUCGCGACAUCUAUAGAGGGCUAUAUUAUAUAUAAAAACGUGUAAAAACUAUAAACAGUGUAAUCGUGUUUGGAUUUUCUUUUUGCAAAAAUAAAAUAAUUUGCAAUGGAUACCGCCAGUACUAAAACUGAUUCAGCUCCUAAACAAGCGAUGGUAUAUAUUUGUGGAGAAUGUCAUCACGAUAAUGAGAUUCGUCCUAAGGAUCCAAUCCGAUGUCGGGAGUGUGGCUACAGAAUUAUGUACAAAAAACGUACAAAACGACUGGUCGUAUUUGAUGCACGUUGAUUCCUGUACAUCAUAGAAGAAUACUUUCAUUACAAUAGUUAGGUUAAAGUAUUAAAUUUUAUAUUUUAUAAAAAGAAUAAUAUACACGAGACAUUUAACAAUUUUGUAAAUAAAUUCGAUAGAUAAUUCAUUAUUUCAUACAAAGUUCUUAGAAAAUUAAAUGUAAGACUGAAUUAGUAAUACUAAUAUAAAUAUAUUUACUAAAAAAA